CCCAGGUGCUUAUUGGACAGCCUUCGAGGGGGAAGAUGAGGGAAGCUGCCAGCUCACCCUUCCAGGAUCCUAGUGUGGGGGCCGAAUCUCAUGGACCUGACCUCAGAGGUGCACCCGUGCCGCCCAGGCCUGGCUCCCCUGGCCACCUUCAAUGUGGACAUGGUCCAGACCUGGGUGACUCCCAAGGGAGACGUCCCCUACGUGCUCAGCUCACUUCUGCAUCAGGACCCCAGCACCAACCAGACCUGGCUCCUGGUAACCAGCCCCAGGACCAGCAGGACGGCAGGGCCCCUGUAUCAGUGUUCCCUCAUUCAGGAUGAGCUCCAUUGCCAGCCAGUAGAGAAUGUCCCCAUCCCAAAGGGGAGGUACCGUGGAGUGACAGUUGUCCGGAACCACCAUGGUGUUUUGAUCUGCAUUCAAGUGACGACCCGGUGGCCCCAGAGCCUCAGCUCAGAGCUCACAGGCAACUGCAUCCUGCUGGCCCCUGACCUCCGUCCCCGUGCCCAGGUCUACUUCUCCGACCUUGAAAAAUUACUGGACCCUGAUGCCCCUGUGGAUGCUGGAGACUGCUCCAGGAACAAAAAAGGCAGCACGGAGAACACAGCCAGGCUGCGCCGGGAAUUGAAGGUGGAGGAGAAGGAGACAGAGGACGAGGACGAGGAGGCAGCUGGCACCGAGAUCGCCAUCAUCCUGGAUGGCUCAGGAAGCAUCGAUCCCCCAGACUUCCAGAGAGCUAAAGACUUCAUCUCCAACAUGAUGAAGAACAUCUAUGAGAAGUGCUUUGAGUGCAACUUUGCCCUGGUGCAGUAUGGGGAAGUCAUCCAGACAGAGCUUGACCUUCAGGACAGCCAAGACGUUACAGCGUCCCUCGCCAGAGUCCAGAACAUCACUCAAGUGGGGAGUGUCACCAAGACUGCCUCUGCCAUGCAGCAUGUCCUAGACAACAUCUUCACACCAAGCCAUGGCUCCCGAGAAAAGGCAUCCAAGGUCAUGGUGGUGCUCACUGAUGGGGACAUAUUCGGGGACCCCCUCAACCUCACAACUGUCAUCGACUCCACAAAGAUGCAAGGUGUUGAGCGCUUUGCCAUUGGGGUGGGAGAUGCAUUUAAUAAAACUAGGGCGUACAACGAGCUGAAGCUGAUUGCCUCAGACCCCGAUGAGGACCAUGCCUUCAAGGUGACCAACUACGCAGCGCUGGAUGGGCUGCUGAGCAAACUGCAGCAGAGCAUCAUUAGCGUGGAAGGCACGGUCGGAGAUGCCCUCCACUACCAGCUGGCACAGGUCGGGUUCAGCGCCCAGAUCCUGGACGAGGGGCAGGUGCUGCUCGGUGCUGUAGGGGCCUUCGACUGGUCGGGGGGCACGCUGUUCUACAACAUGAGCAGCCGCAAGGGCCUCUUCCUGAACCAGACAGCGGUGGAUGCCAAGGCUGUGCAGUACAGCUACCUGGGUUACUCGGUGGCGGUGCUGCACAAGGCCUGUGGCCUCUCCUAUGUGGCAGGGGCUCCACAGCACAAGCAGCAAGGGGCUGUGUUUGAGCUCCGGAAGGAGAGCAAAGAGACCAACUUUGUACCAGUGCUGGAGGGCGAGCAGAUGGGCUCCUAUUUUGGCUCUGAGCUGUGCCCUGUGGACGUCGACAUGGAUGGGACCACAGACUUGUUGCUGGUGGCUGCCCCGUUUUACCACGUGCAAGGCGAGGAGGGCAGAGUCUACAUGUACCGUGUGAACGAGCAGGAUGGUUCCUUCUCCUUGGUACGCACGCUGAGUGGCCACCCCAGGUUAACUUAUGUGCGAUUUGGCUUUGCCAUGGCGACAGUGGGGGAUAUCAGUCAGGAUGAGCUCACAGAUGUGGCCAUCGGGGCCCCCCUGGAAGACUUUGGGGCAGAUGAUGGUGUAGGCUUCGGCAGCGUGUACAUCUACAAUGGACGCUCUACCAACCAGCUGGCUGACCUCGCUACCAACCAGCCACAGAGGAUCAGAGCCUCAGUGGUGGCCCCAGGACUGCAGUACUUCGGCACGUCGGUGGCAGGUGGCUUAGAUUUCAGUGGUGACGGCCUUGCUGACAUCGCUGUGGGCGCUCUGGGCCGGGCGGCUGUGCUCCGCUCAAGACCUGUGGUUCGUCUGAAGCUGUCCAUGACCUUCACCCCCAAGGCACUGCCCAUUGGCUUCUACAGCAGCGUGAAUGUGACUUUGUGUUUUGAAAUCAGCUAUGUGUCCCCAGCUGCUGAGUCAGGCCUCAAAGAGACCUCUCUGAACUUCACUUUGGACGUGGAUGUGGUGAAGCAGAGGAAAAGGCUGCAGUGUUCAGAUGAGAGGCUGUGUCAGAGCUCCCUUAGGGAGUGGGGCACGGGCCCCCAUCUCUGUGAGCCCUUCCUGCUGGUUCCCACAGAGGGAGAGCUCUGUCAGGAGGACUGCUUCUCCAACAUCAGUGUCAAGGUCAGCUACCAACUCCAGACCCCCGAGGGCCGGAGGGACCAUCCCCAGCCUAUCCUGGACUUCUAUGCUGAGCCCUCUGCCAUCUUCCAGCUGCCCUACGAGAAGGCCUGCAAGAAUAAGCUGUUCUGUGUCGCUGAGCUGCAGUUGGCCACCACCCUCUCUCAGCAGGAAUUGGUGGUGGGUCUCACAAAGGAGCUGAGCAUGAACAUUAGCCUAACUAACUCUGGGGAAGAUUCCUACAUGACAAGCAUGGCUUUGAAUUACCCCAGAAACUUGCAGUUUAAGAGGAUACAAAAGCCUCCUUCUCCAGACAUUCAGUGCGAUGACCCUAAGCCAGCUGCUUCUGUCCUGGUCAUGAACUGCAAGAUCGGUCACCCCGUACUCAAGAGGUCGUCUGCAAACUUUUCAUUAGUUUGGCAGCUGGAGGAGAGUGCCUUUCCAAACAGGACAGCCGACAUCGCUGUGACAGUCACCAAUUCCAAUGAAAGAAGGUCUUUGGUCAGUAAGACCCACAGCCUUCGUUUCAAACAUGCCUUCAUUGCAGUUCUUCCCAAACCAUCAGUGACGUACAUGAACACAAGCCAGGGGCUUUCCCACCACAAGGAGUUCCUCUUCAAUAUACAUGGGGAGAACCUCUUUGGAGCCGAGUUCCAGCUGCAAAUUUGUGUUCCAGUUAAAUUACAAGGUUUCCAGGUCAUAAGAGUGAAGAACCUGACCAAGACUCAGGCUCACACUGUGUGCAGCCAGAGUCCGGAGCGCGUUUGUGGGAGCGACCUGGUUCAGCAUGUGGAAGAAUGGCAUUCAGUGAGCUGUAACGUCACCUCGGAUAAAGAAAAUGUAACCGUGGCUGCAGAGGUCUCCUUGAGUCAAUCAGAACAGUUACGAAGAGAUGUGACUGAGCUGCACAUCCUUGGUGAAAUAUCUUUCAACAGAUCUCUAUAUGAGGGGCUCAGUGCCGAGAACCAUAGAACUAAGAUCACUGUCAUCUUCCUGAAAGAUGAGGAGGCGUAUUCUCUGUCUCUCAUUAUUAAAAGCAGUGUUGGUGGCCUUCUGGUUUUGAUCGUGAUUAUAGUCAUCCUAGUCAAGUGUGGCUUUUUUAAAAGAAAAUACCAACAACUGAACUUGGAGAGAAUAAGGAAGGACCAGCUGAAAUCAGAGAAUCUACUGGAAGAAGAAAGUUAGACCAGCUUCCUCAUCCAUUGGGAGAGAGUACCAGCCAGUCCUGGAGACGUCCAGAGACUGGGUGUCCUGUGGGUUGCUUUUCCUUCAGGAUGAUCGAGAGCAGAAUCUAGCACACCGUUUUGUGGAGUGUUGUUUUUUAACCAUACAUUGUCCCCAAAGUGUCUGUGCAUUGUGCAAAAGUGAAACUUGGGAGACAUUUGGUAUUAAAUAAAACUGUUUUCUUUACAGAAGUGCCUUUAAUAUGCAAAUAUAAUAUACUUUGUGAUUCCCGCCCCCCCCCCCCGCCCCCCAAGAGGAGGUUAUGUAGUUAUGCAGCAUUUCCCAGCCUUAUUUGCCUAAGAGUGCUUUUUUCCUGCUGUUUCUGUUAACAUCUUCCAAAAUGGUGUUCCACGAAGUAUAUCUUGGGGAAAGUGGUACGAAAGCAGCUCCUAGUUUGGCAUUUUCAGACCCUAAGAUGUGGCCUAUUAUUUCAAACGAGGCCACAGAAAAGCACCCCAGAACAAAUGUAACAAGUGGAAAAACGGAGGUCACCAAAACAGGAGCAAGGUGGGAGAGGAGAAGACCAGGACUUUGUUUUGUAGUGUCUACUUAACAUCCUGUGCUGGUCCUCGCCUGGCUUCCCCCUGAGUGAAUUGCUCAGGGGACCAUCGUGCCUCCGUGAGAGAGCGCUCGCUCUUCCGCAGGAGGAGGUGGAACCAAGAGUAGGGCCUAGUUACAGGCUGGCUUUGCUCUUAGUAUCUGAUUUUAUUUCAUUUGUAUGCUCCAUGCUGUUAAAACUUGGCCAUAUCUCCCUACUCCCAAACCUGCAGUGGAACAGUCCUUGUUUUCAUGGGUAAUAAAAGUCAUUGCAAGUAAUUAAACGGUGCAGAAGUAUAUAAUGUAGAAAGUAAUCUCUCUGAUCCCUUGGUCUUCUUUAUCUAAUUCAGGUGCUUUCAUUGUUAUUUCUUCUAAAUUUUGAUUUUUUUCUAAAAUUUAUGUAGGUAUAAGGUGUGAAUUAGGGAAUUUAACCUGAGUUUUUUUUUCCCGGAUGCAUAACUGAUUUUCUUUUUUAUUUUAUUUUCUUUCUUUAUUUUUUUUGGCUGCGUUGGGUCUUCGUUGCUGUGCGCAGGCUUUGUCUAGUUGUGGCGAGCAGGGGCUAAUCCUAGUUGUGGUGCAUGGGCCUCUCAUUGCAGUGGCCUCUCUUAUUGCAGAGCCCGGGCUCUAGGCGCACGGGCCUCAGCAGUUGUGGCACGCAGGCUCAGUAGUUCUGGCUCGUGGGCUCUAGAGCGCAGGCUCAGUAGUUGUGGUGUACGGACUUAGUUGCUCCGCGGCGUGUGGGAUCUUCCCAGACCAGGGUUCGAACUCGUGUUCCCUGCAUUGGCAGGCGGAUUCUUAACCACUGUGCCACCAGGGAAGUCCCAGUUUCUGUUUUCUUGAUGACCUAAAGUCUAACUAUAUUGUUAUUUCCAGAUGAAUAACAGUUUAUCAUUUAUUCAAAUAUAUAUUAGAAUAUAUAUACUAGUGUGUAUACACACACAGACACAGACACACACACACAGACACACACACACACACACACAAGUGGAAAUCUAGUUUUGUUUCAUUGAUCUGUUUGUUCCUGUGCCAGUACCACAGUGGAAGGAACCACAAUUUUUAGCAUUAUGCAAAUAAAAAGUUCAAAACAGCAGAAAGGGAUCUAAAAAAUGAAAAGGCAGUCUCCCUCUCCUCUCCCACCUCUAAUGUCUCUUUCCAAAAGCAACCACUGUUAAUGGUUUUUCACAUAUUCCUUCAAAAUAUUCCUACGCAUAUACCGGUGUAAACGUUUUCAGUGAGAUUGAAUUGUUUGCAGUGUUCCACCCCUUGCUGUUUCAUCUGAUAGACCUUAGAAAAGUCUUCCACUAGCAGCACCUGCAGAUCUACCCCGUUCUUUUUAACAGCUCCAUAGUAUACUGUGUUACAUGCGGAUGUGUUGGAGUUUACUUGUGAAGUCCCCACAGGUAGAUAUUUAGGUUAUUUCCAUUUCUUUUUUUAUUACAAAGAAAAGGCGUGACGAACAUCUUUAAACAGGUAUCCUGGCAUGCUUUUCAAGUAUAGUGGUGGGUAAGUUCUCAGCACAAUUACUGACUCAAAGGUUAUGUGCAUUUAAAGUUUCGAUAUAUGGGACAUCCCUGGUGGUCCAGUCGUUAAGACUCUGCGCUUCCAGUGCAGGGAGCUUAGGUUCGAUCCCUGGUCAGGGAACUAAGAUCGCACAUGCCACGUGGUGCAGCUUCUAGAAACUAAAUUAAAUUAAAUUAAAUUAAAAAUUUUUUAAAACAUAAAAAGUUUCAACGUAUGAUGUGACUUGACCUGCAAAAAAGUUUACCAGUUUUCAGUCCCACUUAGAAUAUAUGUAAGUGCCACUCUGUGCCCUUGCCAUCACUGGGCAUCAUCAAAUUUUAACUUUUGCUAAUCUGAUCAGUGUGGAAAUGGUAUUCUGUUUUUGAUAUCAGCCUUCUUUUUAACCUUGCAGUAAAUUUUGAUUAUAGGGCAUUUUCAUUCUUAUUUUUUUUUUAAUUAUUGAUUGUGUUUUUUCAGGUAAUUCAUAGUAUCAGUUUUUCAGAAUCCCAAAAGAAACCUUUUGGGGUUUUAAUUUAAAUGUACAGAUUAAGUUGGGGAGAAUCAUUAUCUUUAUAGUAUUAUCUUCUUACUUAGAAAUAUGGCAUUUCUGGCCUCUCGCCUUCUGAGAUGGCCCACACUCUGUGGAGUGUGUUUCUCUCUAAAUAAAUCCACUUCUUUCCUAUCAAAAAAAGAAAAAGAAAAAAAAGAAAGAAGUAUGGCAUUUCUCCACUUGCUGAGAUUUUUUUAAAACACCCUGCAACGAGAUUUGUAAUUUUCUUCAGAGAGGUCUUAAUUUACAAAGAUUUUAAUUUCCAGCUGUAUUAUAUUUUGUAUUUACAUUUUUAUAUUUUUUACUGCUACUCUGAAAAAUACCUUUUUUCCCCCUGACUGAUUAUAUAGAGUUUGUGUUUAAUUGGUUGUUUUGAAUAUUUAUCUUAUCUGCCAUCUUACUGGACUCUUUUUUAAUAGCUUUUCUGUUGAUUUCAAAAUCCUGUCUGCACAGAAUGGUAAUUUGGAGUCUUUCUGAUAUGCUUUUUCUCAUCCUUACGUCUUUGGCUGGAACUUGUGGGGCUCCGAGCAGUUACCUCUGGGCCUGACCUUCAUGGGAGCUUUGCAUGCCCUCUGCAUGCCUCACAGCCUGCCCUCGGUCCCACUCCCUGCCACUCUGCCUCUGGGUGGUCACUGGGGCUUGGUUGGGGUCCCGUCCGCUUCUCAUGGAGCCCUUCAUCUUUUCUGUCUGGGACGAUCAGCUUUUCUGUUGAUCAGAAUCCGUCUGCUUUAUUUGUUUCAGGAAUUCCUUUAUACGUUGGUCCCUUUAUUAUACCAUUCUCUGUUUUUCAGUGCAGCUGCCUUUAUUAAUGUAUCUUAUUUACAGACACAUGUUGUUUUAUUGCACUUUCCUUUAUUGGGUUUUGCAGGUACUGCAUUUUUUACAGACUGAUGGUUUGUGGCAGCCCUGUGUUGAACAAGUCUGUCAGCACCAUUUUUCCAACAGCAUUUGCUCACUUCAUGUCUCUGUCACGUUUUGGGUAAUUUCUGAAAUAUUUCAAACUUUAUUACAUUUGUUGUGGUGAUCUGUGAUCUUUGAUGUUACUCUUGUAAUUUUUUUUUAUUUUAAAAUUAAGGUAUGUACAUUGUUGUGUUAGACAUAAUGCUGUGACACACUUAAUAGACUACAGUAUAGUGUAAACAUAACUUUUAUAUGGACUGGGAAACCAAAAAUUUGUAUGACUCACUUUAUCAUGGUAUUUGCUUCAUUGUGGUGGUCUGGAACCGAACUUGCAAUAUCUCUGAGGUGUGCCUUUGAAGGAAAAGAAAGAAGUAAGUUUGCUUAGGUGUUUCCCUGUUGUUGGGCUCAGGAGUUGUGUCCAGGUUUUCAUUAUUAUAGGUGACUUGUAGUCCCUGCUUUUAUACUUUUUUUUUUAUAGCAAAUAAGAUCCCACUCCGGUUGUAACAGCCAAGACUUACAUUGACCAUCUGUAAGCUAUUGACUGACUGAGCUGGGCUGACCUGACUGGGUUAGACCAGUGUCAUUGUAGUCAGGAGACUUCGUAAGGGACCAGUCUGUGAGGAGGAAGAGACUUAAAUGGAGCCAUGGUUACACUGUAUAAAUUCAUGUGCUGUUGGCUUGGGCCAGAGCCUUGUCUUUCUUCUAAAAGAUGCCCAUCUAGUGCCAGACCUUUCCCAUUUCCUGUUCACCCUCCUCUGCCUGGGAACAGGACAUGCCAAAGCUUGCAGAGAUCCAAGGACAGUGGGUCAUGUCACAGGGCCAGUGUCCCGGCCAGAAAAGGACUAAGAUGGGGCCAGCUGGACACUAGCAUGGGGGAAAGUGCCCCUGUGGUUUCUCUUGUUUUCAUCUCCCCGGCUACAGGCUAGUGAGCGCGGAUUCAAAUAACCUCUCUCAGGAUAACAUCUGAACUUUGAAUUUGAUUGUUGGAGGGAUGAAAUAAGCAGAUGUGAAUAUCUAAAUUGGUCAAACUAUUUAGGCCUAAUUAGACCUUGAGAAAGGAGCAUUCCGUUCAGCCAAGCCCAGCAGUCUAAAAUUAUCUGUGCUAGUGUAUUAGUCUGUGCACAUCUUCUCUAAUAUCCGUACAAGGAGGGAUAUUUGGUUAAGAUCAGGCUUUAGGUAUUUUGGGGUCUCCUAGCCGUAAUUAUAACCUUGCAGCAGUGCCAGAAUUUUACCAUUACUUUAAGAACAGCUCUAGUAAAUGGAAUCAAGGGAAUCUUAAUCACUUCAGGAAGGGCAGUUGUUCAAAUAUCAAGAGUUCAGGAGGUAGCUGGAUGCACCUAAACAGACAAUUCCCAACUCCAGUUGACUUUAUUUUGAUUAGUGGAAGGACGUUUUGAAAAGUAUGUAAGUAAUACAUAGAUAACACUCUCAGAGUGAGAUCAGAGUGAAAAGUGAAAAUAUGCUUUAGUCACAACCUUGCCCCAUCCCGUGCCCCUCCUUAGAAGCUGAGGUCAGCUGGCUUAGCAUGUAUCCUUCCAGACCAUAUUCGGUGCUUUUGUAAAUAUUCACAUAUGUACAUAUACAAGUACAUGGGUUUUUGGGUUUUGUUUUGUGUGUGUUUUACAUAAACAGGAUCAUAACUUCUACCAUUUGUGAUAAUUUAUGACCAUUUUCAAGGAGCCAGUGUCAGAGACAAAAUGCUGCUGCUGAAUGCAGGUUUGGGCGGAGAGGGAGAGGCAACACCUUGGGUUAAUGUGUGUUUGGGGAAAUCAGUAACUUAAAUUUGUGUAGGUCAUUACACUUUGUAAAGCUUUCUCCAGAAGUGGACUUAAACACAUUUGGUAAUUGCCCUUCAAUGCCAAAUAGCUUUCCAGAAAGAUUGAACCACAUUACGUGGUUAUCAGCAGCGUGAACGAGCCUGGGAUCUCUGUUUUUACUUUGUUUGCUUAAUGGGUAUAUAAUUGUAGCUUUACUUUCCUUUUUAUUUAUUUUUUAAUAUCGGCAAGACCAUGUAUUUUCCCAUGAAAUGAGAUUUUUUUUUUUUUUUU